GACCUGGUGAAGGGACCUUCCGACUGGCCCCCGCUCUGGGACGUCCAGGCGCGCGCUGCAAAAGAACUGGAGCUGCGCGUAUUAGACGGUGAGGAGGAAGCCGCGGCGGCGGCUGCAGCCCUGAAGACCUGGAACUCCAGACCCCCAGGCCAGCGCUGGGUGUGGAUGAACUUCGAGUCGCCCUCCCACUCCCCAGGAUUGCGAAACCUGGCGGAUAAUCUCUUCAACUGGACGCUCUCCUACCGGGCCGACUCGGACAUCUUCGUGCCUUAUGGCUACCUCUACCCCAGGAACCACCCUAGCGACCAGCCGCCAGGCCUGGCCCCACCAAUGGCCCAGAAACGGGGGCUGGUGGCCUGGGUGGUGAGCAACUGGGACGAACGCCAGGCCCGGGUCCGGUACUACCGCCAACUGAGCCAGCACGUGCAGGUGGACGUGUUCGGCCGGGGCGGCCCUGGGCGGGUGGUGCCCAACAGUGGGAUCCUGAGCACAGUGGCCCGCUACAAGUUCUACCUAGCUUUUGAGAACUCGCAGCACCAAGAUUAUAUCACCGAGAAGCUCUGGCGCAAUGCGUUGCUCGCUGGGGCCGUGCCGGUGGUGCUGGGCCCAGACCGUGCCAACUAUGAGCGCUUUUUGCCGCGCGGUGCCUUUAUCCACGUGGACGACUUUCCCAAUGCCUCGGCCCUAGCCACCUACCUGCUCUUCCUAGACCGCAACCCAACCGCCUAUGGCAGCUACUUCCACUGGCGCCGGAGAUAUGCCGUGCACAUCACCUCCUUCUGGGACGAGCCCUGGUGCCGGGUCUGCCAGGCUGUGCAGAUGGCUGGGAACCAACCCAAGAGCCUCCCCAACUUGGCCCACUGGUUUGAGCUGUGACCCAGGGAGUCCAAGCC